AUGGGACAUGGAGGAGUGAAUCAGCUUGGGGGGGUUUUUGUGAAUGGACGGCCACUCCCAGAUGUAGUCCGCCAAAGGAUAGUGGAACUUGCCCAUCAAGGUGUCAGGCCUUGCGACAUCUCCAGGCAGCUUCGGGUCAGCCAUGGUUGUGUCAGCAAAAUUCUUGGCAGGUAUUAUGAAACAGGAAGCAUCAAGCCGGGGGUGAUUGGUGGAUCCAAACCAAAGGUUGCCACUCCCAAAGUGGUGGAAAAAAUCGCUGAGUAUAAACGCCAAAAUCCUACCAUGUUUGCCUGGGAGAUCAGGGACCGGCUGCUGGCAGAGCGAGUCUGUGACAAUGACACAGUGCCCAGCGUCAGCUCCAUCAACAGGAUCAUCCGGACAAAAGUACAGCAGCCCCCCAACCAGGCAGUCCCAGCUUCCAGUCACAGCAUAGUGUCAACAGGCUCGGUGACGCAGGUGUCGUCGGUGAGCACCGACUCUGCAGGCUCCUCAUACUCCAUCAGUGGCAUCCUGGGCAUCACGUCCCCCAGUGCCGACACCAACAAGCGCAAGAGGGAUGAAGGUAUCCAGGAGUCUCCAGUGCCAAACGGCCACUCACUUCCAGGCAGAGACUUCCUCCGGAAGCAGAUGCGGGGAGAUCUGUUCACACAGCAGCAGCUGGAGGUGCUGGACCGCGUGUUCGAGAGGCAGCACUAUUCAGACAUCUUCACCACCACGGAGCCCAUCAAACCGGAGCAGGGAGUGAAUUUUCGGGGAGUCCCUACAGCCACCCUCAGUAUUCUUCCUACAAUGAUUCGUGGAGGUUCCCCAACCCAGGACUGCUUGGAUCCCCAUACUAUUACAGCGCCGCAGCCCGAGGAGCUGCGCCACCUGCCGCAGCCACCGCCUACGACCGCCACUGACCCUCAGAGCCAUGUGCAACAACUCUCACCAUGCAUAUCAUUGAGGUAGACAGCUUCCCGAUUCCCAAGACAGACAGAGGGACCCGACAAGUCCGUCUCCCACCCCAUCCCACACACACUUGGA